GCGGCCUUCAUCGCAGCAGGCAACCUUUGCCCCGCUACCGGACCAAGCUGAGAGGAAGCCAUGGCGUCGUCCUCGUCGUCGUCGUCUUCGGGCGGCAGCGCCAUCCAGAUCCCAACGCGGCUCCCGCUGCUCCUGACCCCCGAGGCGGUGCUGCUCCCGGGCUCCACCAUGCGCGCCAGCGUGGACUCCCCGCGGAACAUGCAGCUGGUCCGGAGCCGGCUCCUGAAGGGCACUUCGCUCAAGAGCACCAUCAUCGGCGUCAUCCCGGACACCAGCGACCCGCCCAGCGACCUCGACGCCCUGCCGCCGCUGCACAGGAUUGGCACAGCUGCACUGGCAAUUCAAGUGGUUGGCAGCAACUGGCCAAAGCCACAUUAUACUCUGCUGAUAACAGGCCUCUGCAGAUUCCAGAUUUUGCAGCUGGUAAAGGAAAAGCCCUAUCCUGUUGCGGACGUGGAACAACUGGACCGGCUGGAACAGUUUACCAACAAGUCUGCAUCUGAGGAAGAGCUGGGAGAGCUGUCAGAGCAGUUCUAUAAAUAUGCAGUACAGGCCACUUCCUCUGAUUAUCAGAAACCUACACUGGUAGAGAUGCUUGAUAUGUCAAUACCUGCAGUGGCUAAACUGAGACGCUUGCUAGACAAUCUGCCCAGGGAAGCUCUACCUGAUAUAUUAACUUCGAUCAUCCGUACUAGCAACCAGGAGAAGCUUCAGAUUUUAGAUGCUGUUGGCUUAGAGGAGCGUUUCAAGAUGACCAUACCCUUGCUUGUCAGGCAGAUCGAAGGUUUGAAGCUUCUUCAGAAAACUCGAAAACCUAAACAAGACGAUGACAAAAGGGUUAUAGCUAUACGUCCUAUUCGAAGGAUCACCCACAUUCCAGGCUCUGGUGAGGAAGAGGAGGAGGAUGAAGAUCAUGAUGAUAUUGUUAUUCUUGAAAAGAAAAUCCGAGCUUCCAGUAUGCCUGAGCAGGCUUUAAAAGUGUGUAUUAAGGAGGUAAAGAGGUUAAAGAAAAUGCCUCAGUCAAUGCCUGAAUAUGCCUUGACACGAAAUUAUUUGGAAUUGAUGGUAGAAUUGCCUUGGAACAAAAGUACAAAAGAUUGUCUAGAUAUCCGGGCAGCCAGAAUUCUUCUGGACAAUGACCAUUAUGCAAUGGAAAAACUGAAGAAGAGAGUGUUGGAGUAUUUGGCAGUCAGACAACUAAAGAACAACUUGAAGGGACCCAUCCUUUGUUUUGUGGGUCCCCCUGGAGUUGGCAAAACUAGUGUGGGAAGAUCUGUGGCAAAAACUUUGGGCCGAGAGUUCCACCGAAUUGCCUUGGGUGGAGUGUGUGACCAGUCUGACAUCCGAGGACACAGGCGCACCUAUGUUGGCAGCAUGCCUGGGAGAAUCAUCAAUGGCUUAAAGACUGUUGGCGUUAACAAUCCAGUAUUUCUGCUAGAUGAGGUUGACAAGCUUGGGAAAAGCCUGCAAGGUGAUCCUGCAGCUGCCUUGCUAGAGGUCUUGGAUCCAGAGCAAAACCAUAAUUUCACUGAUCAUUAUUUAAAUGUAGCCUUUGACUUGUCUCAAGUCCUUUUCAUAGCCACAGCUAACACUACUGCCACCAUCCCACCUGCUUUGUUGGACAGAAUGGAGAUCAUUCAGGUUCCAGGAUACACGCAGGAAGAAAAGCUAGAAAUUGCACAUCGGCAUUUGAUUCCAAAGCAGCUUGAACAGCAUGGACUAACUCCUCAGCAGAUUCAGAUCCCUCAAGAAACAACUCUGGCAAUCAUCACUCGAUACACCCGGGAAGCAGGAGUCCGCUCUUUGGAUCGCAAAUUUGGAGCCAUUUGCCGAGCAGUUGCUGUGAAAGUGGCAGAAGGCCAGCAUAAGGAGACAAAGCCAGACCGUUCUGAAGUGACAGAAGGAGGAGUUGUCUUAACGGUACCAACAACUCCUCUCUGCUGCCGAAGUCAGAUUACUGAAGCAAAAUGCAUGUGGGGAAGAAGUGAAUUUUGGGAGUGCAGAGAGCACAUUGCAGAAGACGCAAAACCUGAUUCCAUCAAUGACACUGCUGACCUUGCUCUACCACCUGAAAUGCCAAUUUUAAUUGACUUCCAUGCCCUGAAAGACAUCCUUGGGCCACCAAUGUAUGAACUGGAGGUGUCUGAGAGACUGAGUCAACCAGGUGUAGCAAUCGGCUUAGCGUGGACUCCCUUAGGGGGGGAGAUCAUGUUUGUAGAAGCCAGUCGUAUGGAUGGGGAAGGCCAGCUCACUUUGACUGGGCAGCUGGGUGAUGUCAUGAAGGAAUCAGCACAUCUUGCCAUCAGCUGGCUCCGUAGCAAUGCAAAAAAAUACCAGCUGACAAAUGCUUCGGGAAGUUUUGAUCUCCUUGACAACACAGACAUCCAUCUGCACUUCCCAGCUGGAGCCGUCACAAAAGAUGGACCAUCUGCUGGCGUUACUAUAGUAACCUGCCUUGCCUCACUUUUCAGUGGGCGGCUUGUGCGUUCAGAUGUGGCCAUGACUGGAGAAAUUACACUAAGAGGCCUUGUUCUUCCAGUCGGAGGAAUUAAGGAUAAGGUCCUAGCAGCACACAGAGCAGGUCUGAAGAGAAUUAUCAUUCCUCAAAGAAAUGAGAAGGAUCUUGAGGAGAUUGCAGCCAAUGUACGACAGGAUCUGAAUUUUGUGAUGACAAGCUGCCUGGAUGAAGUUCUUAAUGCAGCUUUUGACGGCGGAUUUUCAGCCAAGACCAGACUUGAUCACUUCAAUAGUAAACUCUAAGCAGAUUGCCCAGGCUUGCCCAAGGCACUAAAUGCAAAGCUGAUGCUUGUCUGGCAGCCUGUAAGAAAACACGAGAAAGUAUAGAAAGGGCAAUACUGGAACAUUGAUAGCCAUCAGGUGUUGGGGGUUUUUUUUAAGUGGAGAAAGGUUAUUCUUCACUAGGACUAUUCAAAACCUGCUGUCCCUUCUUCUUGGCCCUUCUGUCCAUUGUUGGGGAGCAACCCACAGAUAGAUUUGAAUGCUAAAUUCUUAAUGAGAGUUGAAUCCCCAUUCCUUAGCUAAUAUAGUGCACCCGCAUCAUAUGCAGGCGCAUUAUAUGCGGCUUCCAGCAUAUGCUGGAAGCUGUGCCGGAAAGGCUUCUCCCGCGCCCUGGAGGAAACAGUGGUGCGCAGGAACAAGUCCCAUUCUUUCUAAUGAGGCUUGGAUUUACAUGGUAUUUCCCUUACGCGGCAGGGUCCAGAAUGGAUCCCUGUGUAAGGGAAGGGCCAACUGUAAUAGAAUAAUAAUGUCAUUUCACAUAAACCUUUUCAUGAAAACACUUGCCUGUUAAAUUUAAAAUGAAUUGCUUUUAUACAUGGCUACUCUAUGGUCUUGAUACUUUGUAACCUGUUAGAACACUACCAAGUGUCCAGAGUUAUGGGAUGGUAUAGAUAGUGGAAAAUAAGAGCAGUUCUUUCUUUAAGCAGUGUCUGUAUAGAAAUUUUACGCACUUCAUUUCCUUCACUGUUUUAAAUUAAUGUUGCAAUCUUGUUAAAAGAUGGUGGGAGAUAAAAUAAUUCACUUUUUCUCUACAAUAGAUGGUUUGAUUCUAAGUGUCUAAUUUGGAAACUGUAGUACUAGAAAGGCUUUAUUUACUGAAUAGUUGUGAAUACUACAGACCGGGCUCAGAACAAAGAAACUGGUACACAAGAGCCAAAUUCCUUUUCAUGGUGGGCAUAAUGGCAUGGGUACACCUCCUAUGGUAAUUCACAGAAUAGGCACAGGCCUAUCUAGCUAAAAGAAGUCACUUGUAAUAUUUAAAGGGAGAGGGAAUUAAUCAUGUAAAGCCUCAAGGUGAUGCCAGCUGCAUUAUAGAGGCAUAUUAAACAUUUAUGAAGUAGCACAUAUCCCGUUCGUGUGCACACGAAACACAAAUGAGAAUCUAUGUAGCAUGCACUGAAUGAAACUGCCAUACUGUAUAAUAUUCUUAGAGCAAAUCUAUUAAUUCCAAUAUGAGAUCCCAUCCUUGAGAUAAAACUUGGGUCCUUAAAUGGACAGUUGUCUUUGUAAAUCUUGUCUAACUAAUGCUUACUGCAUUUUUGAAAUCCCGGCUACUCUUGAAAACAUUCUGUUACUCCAAAGCUACAACUGAAAGGACCUUUGCAUGGAGGGGUAACUUCCUACAGUGGAUAGUUUUCUUCUGUUCACUCUGAUGGGCAGGACCAAGUUUGCGCUUGUGAGAAACAUAGCCUAGGGAUGUCCAGGGAUUCCUCCCCUCACACUUCAAUUUCUUCCUCUGGUGCUGUCAAUUCUGCUGUGGGGACAUGUCUGACCAGGGCAUUUUGUGCCACAAUCACCAGGCCCAGAAUAAAGUCCCCCAGGGCAGUCUUAAAUUACAUCAGAAAAUUAAUGAAUUGCUGAAAGUGGCCACUCUCUCAGCUGAUUCCAGCUUUGAUGUUAUUCAACCUAAUUUAAUGCAAUUAACAAUCAGGUAGCCUUCUAUGACAUUUUUAGUUAUUUUUACAGCAAAUUGUCAUGACCUUGUUAACAAAUAAUACAGUGCAAUGGUUACCAUA